AUGAUUUUUUCCCAGUCUUUUCCUCUUUUCUUUUUUUCUUUUUCAACAGAAAUAAUUCAACCAUUUCCUUUUUUUUCGGUAAACGUUUCUUCAUUUCAAUUUUCAUUCAUUCAUCCAUUCACUCCGAAAUUCGUUCAUAUUCAUUCUUUCUUUCUUUUUUUGGUUCGAUUUGUUGCAUUCUUUUUAAUCAAACUCCCAAUCUUCACUGUCCUUCCUUUUCUUUCUUUCUUUCUUUCUUUCUUUCUUUCUUUCUUUCUUUCCAUUCCCCCGUCCAUCAUCUUUCUUUCUUCUUUUUCAGUUCGACUUUUCGCCUUCUUCCUUUCAAUUCUCUCCUCCUUCCUUUUUCUUUCUUUCUUUCUUUCUUUCUUUCUUUCUUUCUUUCUUUCUUUCUUUCUUUCUUUUCAUUCCCCCGUUCAUCAUCUUUCUUUCUUCUUUUUCAGUUCGACUUUUCGCCUUCUUCCUUUCAAUUCUCUCCUCCUUCAUUUUUCUUUCUUUCUUUCUUUCUUUUUUCUUUCUUUUCUUUCUUUCUUUCUUUUCAUUCCCCGUCCAUCAUCUUUCUUUCUUCUUUUUCAGUUCGACUUUUCGCCUUCUUCCUUUCAAUUCUCUCCUCCUUCCUUUUUCUUUCUUUCUUUCUUUCUUUCUUUCUUUCUUUCUUUCUUUCUUUCUUUCUUUUCAUUCCCCGUCCAUCAUCUUUUUUUUCUUCUUUUCAGUUCGACUUUUCGUGUUCUUCCUUUCAAUUCUCUCCUCCUUCUUUUUUUCUUUUCUUUCUUUCUUUCUUUCUUUCUUUCUUUCUUUUCUUUCUUUCUUUUCAUUCCCCCGUCCAUCAUCUUUCUUUCUUCUUUUUCAGUUCGACUUUUCGUGUUCUUCCUUUCAAUUCUCUCCUCCUUCCUUUUUCUUUCUUUCUUUCUUUCUUUCUUUCUUUCUUUCUUUCUUUCUUUCUUCUUUUUCAGUUCGACUUUUCGCCUUCUUCCUUUCAAUUCUCUCCUCCUUCAUUUUUCUUUCUUUCUUUCUUUCUUUCUUUCUUUCUUUCUUUCUUUCUUUCUUUCAUUCUUUCUUUCUUUCUUUCUUUUCAUUCCCCCGUUCAUCAUCUUUCUUUCUUCUUUUUCAGUUCGACUUUUCGCCUUCUUCCUUUCAAUUCUCUCCUCCUUCAUUUUCUUUCUUUCUUUCUUUCUUUCUUUCUUUCUUUCUUUCUUUCUUUCUUUUUUUCAUUCCCCGUUCAUCAUCUUUCUUUCUUCUUUUUCAGUUCGACUUUUCGCCUUCUUCCUUUCAAUUCUCUCCUCCUUCAUUUUUUCUUUCUUUCUUUCUUUCUUUCUUUCUUUCUUUCUUUCUUUUUUUCUUUCUUUCUUUCUUUCUUUUCAUCCCCCGUUCAUCAUCUUUCUUUCUUCUUUUUCAGUUCGACUUUUCGCCUUCUUCCUUUUCAAUUCUCUCCUCCUUCCUUUUUCUUUCUUUCUUUCUUUCUUUCUUUCUUUUUUCAUUCCCCGUCCAUCAUCUUUCUUUCUUCUUUUCAGUUCGACUUUUCGUGUUCUUCCUUUCAAUUCUCUCCUCCUUCCUUUUUUUCUUUCUUUCUUUCUUUCUUUCUUUCUUUCUUUCUUUCUUUCUUUCUUCUUUUUUUCAGUUCGACUUUUCGCCUUCUUCCUUUCAAUUCUCUCCUCCUUCAUUUUUCUUUCUUUCUUUCUUUCUUUCUUUCUUUCUUUCUUUCUUUCUUUCCAUUCCCCCGUCCAUCAUCUUUCUUUCUUCUUUUUCAGUUCGACUUUUCGCGUUCUUCCUUUCAAUUCUCUCCUCCUUCCUUUUUCUUUCUUUCUUUCUUUCUUUCUUUCUUUCUUUCUUUCUUUCUUUCUUUCUUUUCAUUCCCCCGUUCAUCAUCUUUCUUUCUUCUUUUUCAGUUCGACUUUUCGCCUUCUUCCUUUCAAUUCUCUCCUCCUUCCUUUUUCUUUCUUUCUUUCUUUCUUUCUUUCUUUCUUUUCAUUCCCCCGUCCAUCAUCUUUCUUUCUUCUUUUUCAGUUCGACUUUUCGCCUUCUUCCUUUCAAUUCUCUCCUCCUUCAUUUUUCUUUCUUUCUUUCUUUCUUUCUUUCUUUCUUUCUUUCUUUCUUUUCAUUCCCCCGUCCAUCAUCUUUCUUUCUUCUUUUUCAGUUCGACUUUUCGUGUUCUUCCUUUCAAUUCUCUCCUCCUUCCUUUUUCUUUCUUUCUUUCUUUCUUUCUUUCUUUCUUUCUUUCUUUCUUCUUUUUCAGUUCGACUUUUCGCGUUCUUCCUUUCAAUUCUCUCCUCCUUCUUUUCUUUUUUCUUUCUUUCUUUCUUUCUUUCUUUCUUUCUUUCUUUUUCUUUUUCUUUUCAUUCCCCGUUCAUCAUCUUUCUUUCUUCUUUUCAGUUCGACUUUUCGCCUUCUUCCUUUCAAUUCUCUCCUCCUUUUUUUUUCUUUCUUUCUUUCUUUCUUUCUUUCUUUCUUUUUCUUUCUUUCUUUCCAUUCCCCGUCCAUCAUCUUUCUUUCUUCUUUUUCAGUUCGACUUUUCGCGUUCUUCCUUUCAAUUCUCUCCUCCUUCCUUUUCUUUCUUUCUUUCUUUCUUUCUUUCUUUCUUUCUUUCUUUCUUUCUUUCUUUCUUUUCAUUCCCCCGUCCAUCAUCUUUCUUUCUUCUUUUUCAGUUCGACUUUUCGCCUUCUUCCUUUCAAUUCUCUCCUCCUUCCUUUUUCUUUCUUUCUUUCUUUCUUUCUUUCUUUCUUUCUUUCUUUCUUUCUUUUCAUUCCCCCGUCCAUCAUCUUUCUUUCUUCUUUUUCAGUUCGACUUUUCGCGUUCUUCCUUUCAAUUCUCUCCUCCUUCCUUCCUUUUUCUUUCUUUCUUUUUUGUUCGACUUGUUGCAUGUCAUUUCUAUCCUGUCUUCUUCCGUUGACCUUUCUUCUUUCUCUUUUUCUUUCACUGACACAUUUUGGAUUCUUGCUUUUCAUUUCUCAUUCCUUUCAUGUUGCUGACCAUUUUAAAGACGAACAACAUUCAGAUUAUUCUCUCUCACCUGUGUUUCUCUAUCUAUCUAUCUAUCUAUCUAUCUAUCUAUCUAUCUAUCUAUCUAUCUAUCUAUCUAUUAUAGUUUGUUCAUUAUCUAUCUAUCUAUCUAUCUAUCUAUCUAUCUAUCUAUCUAUCUAUCUAUCUAUCUAUUAUAGUUUGUUCAUAUCUAUCUAUUAUAGUUUGUUUAUUAUCUAUCUAUCUAUCUAUCUAUUAUCUUUGUUUCAUCUAUCUAUCUAUUAUAGUUUGUUUCAUCUUCAUUAUCUAUCUAUCUAUCUAUCUACUAUAGUUUAUUCAUAUCUAUCUAUCUAUCUAUCUAUCUAUUAUAGUUUGUUCAUAUCUAUCUAUUAUAGUUUGUUCAUUAUCUAUCUAUCUAUCUAUCUAUCUAUCUAUCUAUUAUCGUUUCGUUUGUUCAUUAUCUAUCUAUCUAUUAUAGUUUGUUCUAUCUAUCAGUUUGUUCAUAUCUAUCUAUCUAUCAUAUCUAUCUAUCUAUCUAUCUAUCUAUCUAUCUAUCUAUCUAUCUACUAUAGUUUGUUCAUAUCUAUCUAUCUAUCUAUCUAUCUAUCUAUUAUAGUUUGUUCAUAUCUAUCUAUCUAUCAUAGUUUGUUCAUAUCUAUCUAUCUAUCUAUCUUUGACUUAGCAUCUAUCUCUGUUUCUUCAUUAUCUAUCUAUCUAUCUAUCUAUCUAUCUAUCUAUCUAUCUAUCCCAUCUGUUAAUAUCUAUCUAUCUAUCUAUCUAUCUAUCUAUCUAUCUAUCUAUCUAUCUAUAUCUGUUAAUAUCUAUCUAUCUAUCUAUCUAUCUAUCUAUCUAUCUAAUCUAUCUAUCUAUCUCAGUCUGUUCAUAAUCUAUCUAUCUAUCUAUUAUAGUUUUCUGUUAAUAUCUAUCUAUCUAUCUAUCUAUCUAUCUAUCGUCUGUACAUAUCUAUUUAUAAUCUAUCUAUCUAUCUAUCUAUCUAUCUAUCUAUCUAUCUAUCUAUCUCAGUCAGUUUAUAUCUAUCUAUCUAUCGCAGUCUCUUCUUAUCUAUCUAUCUAUCUAUCUAUCUAUCUAUCUAUCUCAGUCAGUUAUCUAUCUAUCUAUCUAUCUAUCUAUCUAUCUAUCUAUCUAUCUACCUCAGUCUCUUCUUAUUAUCUAUCUAUCUAUCUAUCUAUCUAUCUAUCUAUCUAUCUAUCUAUCUAUCUAUCUACCUCAGUCUCUUCUUAUCUAUCUAUCUAUCUAUCUAUCUAUCUAUCUAUCUAUCUAUCUCAGUCAGUUUAUAUCUAUCUAUCUAUCUAUCUAUCUACCUCAGUCUCUUCUUAUCUAUCUAUCUAUCUAUCUAUCUAUCUAUCUAUCUAUCUAUCUAUCUAUCUAUCUAUCUAUCUAUCUGUCAGUUUAUAUCUAUCUAUCUAUCUAUCUAUCUAUCUAUCUAUCUAUCUAUCUAUCUAUCUAUCCGUUGUGGUCUGUUCACAUCUAUCUAUCUAUCUAUCUAUCUAUCUAUCUAUCUAUGUAAUAUAG